AUGGAUAAGUCAUUUCAUAAUCUUAAAACUAAAUCUUUGAUUUCUCAAAAGAUUACUCCUUAGAAAAAACUGUCAUUGAAUUAUAUGGAUAUACAUAAUUUCUAAUUUGAAUGGAUCUGUUUAGAUGCUUAUGAAUAGAAAGUAAUGAAUCAAAGUAAUUCUAAUCCAUUCUAAUACUCUUACUAUGAAUAAAUGUAAUGGUUCUAAAAUUAUCAUUUACAUUUCUAAUAUCCUCUCAAAUUAGAUCAUAUCAAUGUAAAUAGAUUAUAUAUAAUAUAGACAUAAGAAUCCUUGAGACAUCAUUCUAUUUGUGAAUUGAAAAGAAAUAGUCUUUUAUGUUGGUUGGGUUAUGUUUUGGGUUCUUAUGAUAACACUUCAAAUGAAACAUAUUUUUUAACCAUUUCCAUUUUUGACAAAUUCCUCUAACAAUAUCCAUUUAGUCUUAGCAAUUAAGAACUUUUAAGUCUUGGUAUUAGUUGUUUGAGUUUGGCUUCUAAAUAAAAAGAUAUCUAUUGUUUGACUUCAUAAUAACUUGUCUAAUUAAGUGGUGAAAAAAUAACUGAAGAUUAACUUGCAAAAUGUCAAUUUUAAAUCUUAUAAACUAUAUAAUAUCAAAUAGAAAUACCAAAUUAUUUUUCAAAUUUCGAUUAUUUAAUGAGAGACUUAGAAUUUAGAUAUUAUAAAGAAAAAAUGUUAAAUAUUAUUGAUAAUUCAUUGAUAAAAAUGAAAUUAUCAGCUAUAUAUAAAUGUACUCUUAAUUUAUUAAGAUUUGUCUCAUAACAUUAUGACACAACUAUAUUUUAUUAAAGUACGAUUGCUUUUAGUUGUAUUUUGUAUACAAUUAAGAGGAUGGAAUUAUUAAAUUUUAUAAUGCUAGAAGAUUUAAGUAAAAUAUUAGUAUAAAUUUAAAUUGAUUAAGAGAUUGUGAAUACGGAAAUAGCUUUAAAAUAUAUUUAUAGACUUUGCUAAAAUGAUUUGAGUUAAAAACAAUAAGAAUUCUUAUCAUAAACAGAUUUUAAAUAUUGA